AUGAUUUCUUCAAAAGGUUUAAAAUUCAUGUUGAGCUGUGGCUGUCGUAAUUUAACCCAUAAACAAAAUCUAUUUCAUUUUAACAUGAAAUAUUUAAAACUUGUUGAAAAAUCAUUUUCAACUUCUUUAAUAAAUAAUAGAAAAAAAAUAAGCGUUGCUCAAGCUUUAAAACCUAAUAACAAUUUUUUCACUAAAGAUAAAACAAAUUAUGAAGAUACAUUUGGUAAUUUAUCAGAAUUUGAAUUUAAAUAUAAUAUGAUUAAGGAUGAUGAUGAAGAUGUUAAAGAAUACAAUCGCCGUAAGUUAGGUCCUGGGAAAACUAUAUAUAAAUUAGAAGUGGAAAUGAGAAAUGAUGGCAAGCCUUUAGUAUCACACUUAUAUAAUAGAAUUUUUUUGUAUAAUGCAAAAAUAGGAAAUCUUAAAGAAAAUUAUAGACUGUAUUUAGAUUACAAAAAGAGAAAUGGAAUACUUAAUGGAGGAAUGUAUACUUCAAUGUUUAACACUUGUGCUAAUUGUAAAAACUCAUUUUUCGCAUUAGAAAAAGCAACUGCCAUUAGAGAACAGUUAGCCAAUGAUAAAAAUUAUUCAAUCAAUUUAACAAAUUAUAAUGCAAUGCUCAAAGCAUUUGGUAGGCAUGGGGAUCUUCAAACAUGUCUUGAAAUUGUUGAUGAAGUAUUAAAAAACAGAGAUAAAGUUAAAAUUUCAACUUAUCAUUUUUUGCUACAAGCUUGUAUAUCCGAUAAGAAUGCUGGUUUAAGGCAUGCUUUAAUAACUUGGAGAAAAAUGCUUCAAUACAAGCUAAAACCAAAUAUUAUUGAUUUCAAUUUGAUGUUAAGAUGUAUCAGGGAGUGCUCAUUUGGCGAUUCUGAUCUUAUAAAUAAUGUCAUAGAGGAUAUUAUUAAAGAGAGUAAUAAAUUUUUUAGAAAAAAGGUACUUAUUAACAGAGUUGAUGGAAAAGUUCAUAGAAAAAUUUUAAACAUACCUGUCGACAAAGAAGAAGCAACAAAAUUUUUAUUUCCUAGUUUAAACGAUAAAGAAAAUGUAAAAUCAACAAACAUGGCUGAAGAAAAUUGUAUCGGAGAAAAUAAUUUAAUAUCUGCAACAACUACUACUACUAAUAUUAAACCUGAAUUAAUUGAAAGCAAUUCAGGUUCAUCUGAGGAAAAUAAUAAUGAUGUUGUUGUUGAAUUAAAUGAUGAUAAAUUAGAUUUAACAGAGUCCAAAUUGAAUGCUCAGUUACCAAAUUUGUUGGCUCCCACGCCUACCUUAGGAUCUGUUAUUUCGUUUUCUAGUAUGAGAUAUCCACAUGAAAGAUUUUCAUGCUUUGGUGGUUUGUCUGGAUUUUUAAAAACAAUGGAAAUGUACGAAGUAAAACCAGAUGUUAAAACAUUCACAUUAUUAAUUGAUGUAACGCAUCCUAAUGCUGCUGCUGAAAAGGAAGUGUUGAUUGAGGCACGGAAACACGGUUUAAAAUUAGAUACACCUUUUUUCAAUGCAAUUUUAAAGAAAAGAAGUCAACGACUAGAAGAUGCACAGGAUUUAUUAAUAGAAAUGCAAAAUGAAGGAUGCAGUCCUGACAUAAUGACUUUUGGUAUUUUGGCAAUGGGUUGCAAUACUCACGAGAAAGGAAUUGAAUUAAUCAAAAAAGCUCGAAAUUUUGGCAUAAGAUUAAAUGCUGAAAUAAUUGGAGCUCUCAUUCAUCAGGCAUGUCGCCUUUAUGAUUUUUAUUAUAUCAAAACCAUUUUACAAGCUGCCAAAGAAGAUGAAACUGAACUGAGUGCAAAAGCCAUUGUAAAGCUUGAUAAAAUGAUAAAAUUUGAAAAAAUCAAAAGAUUUAAAAGCAAACAACAACAACAACAACAACAACUUGAAAAAAAUGAAAAAGAUGAAUUGACAUCUUCCUAA